UCUCCCUACAAAUCCUCUGGUCCUCCAUACCCUUUUCUCUCGUGCUCUGGAUACAGUCCAAUUCUGGUUUCGCGGCGGAAAAUGGGGAAAGCUUCGGUGUAUGCGAUUGGCGUGGUGUUGUUGAUUUGCUCGAUUGCUGUAGGAAAUGCUGAGUACGUACUGUACAAAGAUCCGAAACGGUCGAUACCUAGCAGAAUCAAGGACUUAAUGAGCAGGAUGACUUUAGAGGAGAAGAUAGGUCAGAUGACGCAGAUAGAUCGAACAGUUGCGUCACGCGAAGUUAUGAAGAAAUACGGCAUAGGAAGCGUGUUGAGUGGUGGAGGAAGCGUCCCAGCACCGCAGGCAUCCCCCGAGGCAUGGAUCAACAUGGUGAAUGAUUUCCAGAGGGGAUCACUGUCCACGCGGCUUGGGAUACCAAUGGUGUAUGGCAUUGAUGCAGUUCAUGGAAACAACAACGUAUAUAAGGCAACGAUCUUCCCCCACAAUGUCGGUCUAGGUGCAACGAGAGAUCCUGAUCUGGUGAAGAGAAUUGGAGCUGCAACAGCUCGUGAAACCAGAGCUACCGGCAUCAAUUAUGCUUUUGCUCCUUGCAUCGCGGUUUGCAGAGAUCCGAGAUGGGGCAGGUGCUAUGAGAGCUAUAGCGAAGAUCCAAACGUCGUUCGUGAGAUGACUGAGAUUAUUUCAGGUCUACAAGGAGAAGUACCGGCUAAAUACAAGGGCGUCCCCUACCUCGCUGGGCAACAAAACGUGGCUGCUUGUGCCAAGCACUAUGUCGGCGACGGCGGAACGACGAAAGGAAUAAACGAGAACAACACCGCGGUUAGCAGGCACGAUUUGCUUGCUAUCCACAUGGCCGGCUACUCCCCUUCGAUCAUCAAAGGUGUGUCCACCGUCAUGGUCUCUUAUUCAAGCUGGAAUGGGAUUAAGAUGCACGCAAAUCGUGAUCUCAUCACCGGCGUUCUCAAAGGCUAUCUUCGUUUCAGAGGCUUUGUCAUCUCCGAUUGGGAAGGAAUUGACAGAAUCACUUCCCCACCUAAAGCAAACUACACGUUUUCAAUCAUGGCUGGAAUCACUGCAGGAAUCGACAUGAUUAUGGUUCCGUACAACUACACAGACUUCAUCAACGGCCUACACACCCUGGUGAAGAACAAAUUCAUUCCCAUGAGCCGAAUCGACGACGCCGUGCAGAGAAUUCUUCGAGUUAAAUUCUCGAUGGGUCUGUUCGAACACCCCCUUGCAGACAACUCCAUGGCUAAGUACUUAGGACAUCCGGAACACCGCGAACUGGCGAGGGAAGCCGUAAGAAAAUCGCUCGUACUCCUCAAGAACGGCAAGUACGCCGACAAACCAUUAUUACCGCUUCCUAAGACGGCCACAAAGAUCCUCGUCGCCGGAACUCAUGCAAACAACAUCGGCAACCAAUGUGGCGGCUGGACAAUCGAAUGGCAAGGAAAAACUGGCAACAUCACCACCGGAACAACUAUCCUUACCGCCAUCAAGAACACCGUCGAUAAAAAAACCGAUGUCGUAUUCAACGAGUCGCCGGACUCAUCCUUCGUCAAGUCGAACAAGUUCUCGUACGCGAUCGUCGUGGUGGGAGAGCCUCCUUAUGCCGAGACGUUCGGAGACAGCUUGAACUUGACGCUCCCCGCCGAAGGACUAAAAACCAUCUCGAUGGUAUGCGCGUCGGUGAAAUGCGCGGUGGUUCUCGUGACGGGUCGACCAGUGGUGAUCGAGCCGCACCUUCCGGUGAUGGAUGCUCUGGUGGCUGCAUGGCUGCCAGGCACCGAAGGACAGGGUGUUGCCGAUGUUUUGUUCGGUGAUUACGGCUUCUCCGGCAAGCUUCCAAGGACUUGGUUUAAGACCGUCGAUCAGCUUCCGAUGAACGUCGGCGACCGGCAUUAUGACCCGCUUUUCCCUUUCGAGUUCGGGCUCACAACGAAAGCUGUUAAGGCUAACUAAGGUUACUUACUUUGUGUCUCUUUUCGGGGUUGUUUGAUGUUUUUGUGGGUGUAAUUGUGGUUUUUGUUUUGUUUGGGGGUGAAGUGCAAUUGUACCAAUUUUCUUUAUUGAAAUAAAUUGACGGUCAAGUGAGAAUUAAAUACGAGGAUUAUUUGAAGUGGAUAUCUCGUAGAAUCUCGCUGACUACACAAACACA